AUGAGUCGCAGAUAUGAAGAACCUAUGAAGAAAAUCAGUGUGGUCAACCUUGAUAGACUUUUAGAUAGUGUCUCAGAGAUAGAGAAGAAAAUAAUGGAAAUUAAUGGAGUAAAUGACCUACUGACUCUUAAGCUGGAAAAAUGUAACAGAUUGUUAACAUUAAGCCAGUCAAAGGAAGAAUCAGUUAGAGAAGAAUGUACUACUCUACAGAAUGUAAUGAAGGGUUUAACACAAACCAUUGAAAACCAGUGUAACGUGAAAGAUGAGAAUGAUAGACUAAAGGCUACCAUUCACAUCUUGGAAGAGAAAUUAAAGACUUGUGAACAGGAAUAUAAAGAUCAGAUUGAGAAACUUAUGACAGAAAUGAAAACCAAAGAGGAAGAGCGCAAAUUAGAAAUAGUGAAGCUGAAUUCCGAUAUGAUGAAAAAAAUCGAAGCAAAAGAAAGGGAAUAUAAAGAAGAGAGAGAGAGAAAAGACCUGGAAACACAAGAGAUAACUAGACAGCUGAGAAUUCAAAAUGAAGAGAAGCAGAAAGAAAUCAUUAAACUGCAGAUAGAGUUCAAUGCUAAAUUGGCAACAGUUCAGAGUAGAACAAGAUCAUUUUGGAAAUCUUCUGGCUUUCCAGAAAGUAUCUAUCGAAGAAAGCUGCAGAAUUUCCAGCAGGAGAAAAACGAAGAACUUGAACGUCUCCGAAACACCAUAAAAGAACUAGAGGAACGUCUUCUUAAAGAGCAAGAGCAGAGCUUCAAACAGAGGCGAUUUUGAGUAAAUGACAUGACGUAUUUCAGUACUACAGAUAAUGAGAAAUAAAACCAGUGUAUUUCAAACUGUUCACAUGAAAGUAAAAACAAGAUAUGAAGAAAUGCUGAAUAUUUUUAUUGAAAACACUUGUCAAAUAUUCCAAAGCCAUGCAUUCUGUGUAUAUUCAGGGCUACUUUCUUGCUCAUCAGCAUUCACAAUAAGAAGAUUCAGGUUUCACAGGAGUAAUAAUUUCCCUAUUAAACCAUCAUUAAUUAUCGUGUACACUUUCAGAGCAGUUUUCCUUUCUUGACUAAUCUCUUCUUCAUCCAGGAAUCCUUCGAACAACUGUAUUUUUUUUCAGCUCAGUUAAUCAAAGGUUACAAAUGCUAAGCUACAGAGAGAGAAGUUAAACAAGUUUAAGUGGUAUAUUAUCUUACCAAUCAUUACAGAUUUAUCAAAUUCAGCACUGUUAUAAUGAAGAUAAACAUUAAGCCAGGACUAAAUUUGUCCUGUCUUUCCUGUUUUGAUACUGUUAUUAAUUCUGCAUGAAGAGUUGUUAACACUGUUUUCCACUUUAGGCAUGAUCUUACGAAGUUGGUUGAAUUUUUAAGCUGUUGUAGUAAGUAUUAAUGGAUCCUGAUACUGUAUCUAAGCCACAAAAGUUAAGCAUAUAAAUCUGUUACUUUAAAAUAAUGCAAUUAGUGCAUGUAUCUUACAUUUGAGAUAAACAGUUGUUUUGGCAUGUUGUUAAAGAACAAUCUUUUCUCAUACGUAAUGUGUAUCCCCAGGUUAG